UAUUCUGUUUGAAAGACUAUAAGAAAUACCUGACGAGUCAAACGAUGGACACUUCGAAAGCUGACGAACACUUCAAAUAUAUGCUCAUUGAGGAAGACGUGGCAAACGGGAACGCCAUGACGUCUGAUCGAUUCAAAGACCUUGUUUAUGACUUCUGGGUUUCCACUGAUCCGGAUAGCAAAGGCAAGUAUAUGUUCGGUCCCUUUGAUCAGUCCAUUGAUGUAUUGGAACAGAAGAUUCAAAAGAAAGAUUGAGUCAUAAUAUACAUGAAAUUCUUAAUCAUAUGAGAUAUACGGUAUCCACAACUCGUCACCACCACUAAGAUUAUUAAUAUUGUAUUAUGUUUAAGACCUUUUAACAGCUCGUGUGAUAUAUUAAUAUAAUAUUAAUAACACAAUACAAAUACAAAUUCAAUAUAGAGUCGAUUAUUCGCUUCUACUAUUCGGC